GGAGGGGGACCAGGGAGUCAAUAAGGCAGCUUGGUGAGGUGUAUUUGUCAGUUCACUUUGCGUCUUCACAACAGUAACACAUCCUCCAUAUUGUCAAGAUGGCUGUCAACCUGGUACUCUACAUAAUAGCAUCUCUGGCUCUGGUGCAAGGCCAACGUAUCGGUACUUACGAAGCUCAUCCUCCCAUCGUUGUUCCUACGCAAACUACUUCAACCGUCAUUGAUCAGACUACAGUAACUCACACACUGAGGGAAACUACAACAUCAGAUGUUUGGGUCACGGAUCAAACAAAAGUGACGCUAACAGUCACCCAGACUACAACACACUGGGACUUUGUCCCUCAACAACCACGGAUUGUGACUUCUGUUAUAAGGGUCACUUCAACACCUGUAGUAUUAGUAACUGCUACAGUUGGAGCAAAUCCCGUGAGCACAAUGGUCUCUAUCUUCAGCCAGUUUGUUACUGUCACGGACACAGUUAAAUACUGGCAGACAAUAACGCAUGUUGACGUCACGCACCAGAUUCAAACUGUUCCUGUUGUGACUACCCAAGAUUUGUUGCAAGAGAUCGUAACUACUGUAACCCAGAUUGUUACUACUACUGUCACCUCCACAACUGCCCGUUACUACGGUUAACUUCAGUGACUCCCCUGCUGACUUUAUUUACUGUUUAAAUUCUUGAAUUAAUAUCGGCUGUAAACAUUAAAGUUUAAGUCCUAGAAA